AUGGCCACUCCAGACAAGAGGAUACUUUUCAUUGGUAUACGUUUCAGACGAUCAAUUUCAGAACAUAUGUUCAUGAUGGGCUUUAGGAACGAUAGUGAUGGUCGUGAUAAAGGGAAAAGUGAUGUUGAGUCUGAACCCUCAUGGGCUCCGGACUUGAGGAACUUAUAUGCUCCUGGCCCGUCCACGCUGGGUUCUAAUGGGUGGGCCAAUGGGGAAGCGUCAUCUCCUUCUUUAGUCAAGAGAUAUGUGGCAAUGGGUUUCCCAAAAGAAAUGGUCGUGACAAGCAUCAAGGAGAUUGGGCACAGUGACCAAAAUGCAUUGCUUGAAUUACUGUUGACCUAUAAGGCAAUAGGUGAUGAAGAUACAUUGGGUAACAUCUCUACUUCUGGCUGCGCCCUCCAUAGAGUUGAAGAUGGUGAUGAUCUUCAUUUUGAGAGCUCGAAUGGUGAUGAUGAUGCUGGUGAUACAGAGCCCAACUUUGGUGAUUAUAGUGAUGAGGAUUUUGUACAAGAGAUGUUUGAGAAGGACGAGAAAAUCAAUUCAUUAGUAGAUAUGGGAUUUUCUGAAGAUGAAGCUAAUAUGGCUAUUAUAAGAUGUGGUGUGGAUGGUGAUCUCUCUGUAUUAGUUCAUUCGAUUAGUGCAUCACGGGUUGCAGGAAAUUUGAACUUGUCUAACCAUCAGGUCAUGGGUGGAUGCUUCGAUUCUUUUGGAGGGAGAAAGAAAGCAAGGUUGGUGGAAGAGAGAAAGAAAAAAAGGAAGCGAUGUGGAUGUACUGGACAGAGCAAUCAACCCUCUUUGGAUUGCAACCAUGAUGAAGAUAUGCUUAUUCCAAAUCCAAUGGUUGGAUUUAACCUGCCAACUGCAAGGAAAAGAGGCUACAUACAUAACUUGCCAAUUGAGAACAGAGCACCUCUUCUUCCUUUGCCUCCAAUGACCAUAUUUGAGGCAUUCCCUCGUUACAAGAAGUGGUGGCCUUCCUGGGACCAGAGAACACAGUUCAACUGCUUGCUAACAGGUGUGGCAGGUCCAAAGCUGACUGGAAAGAUUGGGCGUGCUCUUGCAAGUGCGAACACUCCACCAUCUCAAAGUAUUCAAAAGUAUGUCAUCGAUCACUGCAAAAGGUACAAUCUUGUCUGGGUCGGAAAAAAUAAGGUUGCUAAGUUAGAGCCUCAAGAGAUUGAAUAUCUGCUUGGUUUUCCAAAGGACCACACAAGGGGUCUCGGCGACACAAAUAGAUACAAAUCUCUAGGCAACUCAUUCCAUGUUGAUACUGUUGCUUACCACUUGUCAGUGCUAAAAGGCAUGUUUCCCAAUGGUGUUAAUGUGCUGUCCUUAUUCACUGGUAUUGGAGGAGGAGAGGUAGCUUUGCACAGGUUGGGAAUCAACAUGAGGACAGUGGUUUCUGUUGAAAUAGACAAAGCUAGUAAGAGGAUUUUCAGGGAUUGGUGGAAUCAGACUCAAACAGGCACGCUGAUUGAGAUUGAUGACGUGAAAUCUCUUACUGAUGAUCAAGUUGCAACAUAUGUUACUACAUUUGGCGGCUUCGACUUGGUGAUUGGGGGCAGCCCAUGUAACAAUCUUGCUGGGUGCAACCGAUCCAGCCGUCAUGGCUUGGAGGGCAAGCAAUCUGUUUUGUUCCACCAUUAUGUCAGAAUCUUGAAUGCCGUCAAGUCGGCUAUGGCCAGGAAGUAG